AAGAUGAUUGGCGUAGUGCGUUAGAUUCCGUAUUGAUCAACGAUGAUCAUUGGUGGUGUAUAGUAACGAUGAUGGUGGAGACAUUUGUCGAGCACAGCCGCUACAUUUCUCUCUUCAGUGAAACCGUCGAAGAAGAAAAGCAGGCGUGUAUUUAUUCCCUCAGUUAUCAGAAAACGAUAGACACUGUGAAAACGCUGUCGAAACAAGAUCCAGAGAAAUGUCCUGCUGUCGAGAGUAUCUGUCAUUACGCGAAUACGGUCUUAAGCGAAAACAAUGGCCAUCUCUCUACCUGGCUGAUUGCACGGCUCAUAAAGUAUCUGAUCUAUCGCGCCAAAACCGAGUACGUUGGGAGACUUAAAGUAGAGGCGGAUCUAGACUGCAAAAUCGAUGAAGAAUAUCGGACAAUUCAGAAUAUUGACAGCUCAACUUUUUCGCGAAGCACUAUUGAGCCUCGAAGAGCCUAUAGUAGCAAGACUGAAUACGUAUUCAAUGUCAAAGCGAAUAUACGUUUACGUGCGGAUAACGUACCUUUUGAUGGACUGAAUCUCUAUGUUGUACUUAGCGGGUUUCAUAAUCCUGAUUUACCAGCAGAAUUGUUAAGCGUCGGAGUUCCUUUGACCUGUAUAUUAGAGAUUAAGCUUCCCGACGAGAAAUACGUUGGGCAUCGUGAAACGGAAGAAAAUGAUAUGACGAUCCGAGAUAAAACGCUCUUCUUUGAAGAUCAUCAUAUCAACGAAAUCGAGUUACUGGAAUUUUGGAAAGUUACGCACGAACGAUUCGCUAAUCUAUCGGCUUAUCCGAUGUAUUCCAACAUAACUAUUCUUACUAUCGAUCUAUCAGUCUUCCCGGAAACAGUUAAUGCUAUCGAGAAGGCGUCUUUGAAACGAUACAUAUACGAUAGAAUACUUUUCACUUUGUAUCAUUUGUACGAACUUUACCGACAGCAUGCAAAGUAUCUUAAAAAUAUGAAGCUGGAGAAAAGAAUUGUUGAUAAAAGAGAGGUAGUAAAUACUAAGAUUUACGAUGAUACAUUGAAGAACAUACCUAACGAAUAUAUUGGCGCUCCAUUGAUAUUGAGCGCGAUACUUCUUCAGGUCGAACACAAUCUUGCGACCUCGUCCGACGGGUGUUUUCUUGCCGAUCACGGUACAGGAUUUAGCGACGCCGAUACGAGACACGAGAAUACAUCAACGACAGCUGAGCGGAGCCCUACGUUCAAUAUGCAGGCUAAGCUGAAACUACUUGAUCUUGAGUACGAGCUUAUCGAUGAAUACGAUACCAGUGCUGACGGUGCCAGCCAAUCGUUGCAGCCUUCUGAUCUUGAAGUUAUACCGUACGGAGACACUUUGAGCGUGAUCAUCCGUCACUCUCACGAUCGUAGAGCUACUCAUCUGGACGACGCGGUUCUACGAGUUCUAUGGGAUCCGAGAAUAAUUAAUGUUUGGAGGAAUCACGAAGUACCGACGAGGUUAAAAUCCGAUAUGUAUUUCUGCCAUUUGGACAAUAUCACACGUGCAUUUAAUCGAGAGCAAAAGGUCAGUCGCGAGGAAAUUGUACACUACUUACAUCUCUUGAUGUUUGACGACCUGAUCUUUUCCGGUGGUAGUCGCGAAGCAAGAGCGCGAUUGGUACAACUGCCAAGAGAUGAAUUGUCAGAAUUAAAACACAUGAGAUCAACGAUAAAAAGAGGAUGCAGCGUGCCAAAUUUUACAUCACCUCCAACCAUUGCGUCCGGACUACGUCGUUGUAAAAGCGACACCGAGAUUGAUUAUUGUAAGCCGGUAGUUGCAUUCACCGACUGUCCGUUUUUGUUCACGCUAACAGACGCUAGAGAGACAUUGCUUCCGGGAUAUUUGUGUAAGAAUGUCUUCAAGAAGAGAAGUUACCAAAGACCAAGUCUCGAAGAAUACGAAGACGUCGAGUUACUCUCGAGCCGAGUUUUUCUUCAAGUCGUCCACGAAUGUUUCCAAAGUUUCGAUCGUUUCGCAGCUAGAUACUUCGAGCCGACGGAUUCGCUGCUGCUUUACUUUAGCAACAACGAUGCGGUGAAUAAUGUGUCCGAAGAAAGGUGCUUGUCAAGUAUAUGUACGCCCAUCGGACUCCAUGAAUUCUGUGAAUAUAUCGCGGAGAAAGAAGAGAAUUGGAUAAAACGAGAGCAGGAGACGCGCCAAUCGCAUAGGAUGGACUUGACAGGAAGAUUUAUGAAGAAUUCCAUCGAGGUGGAAGACGACGCGAUCAUAUUCGACGACAAGUGCUUCAUACUUCGGGAUUCUCUGAAAGCGCGUCAUCUAAAGGAGGGUCGCGAUGAGCGAAAGAAAAUUUUCAAAACGAAGGAAUUCGAGAAGAUGGCAGUGGAGAAUGUCGACGAAAAGAAAAUGACAAGACAGAAGCAGAACGAGUCGCCGAUGGCGGACAACGAAAGCAAAUGGGCGGAUGGAAGAGUUAUGAGUGGAAAAACGUCAAUGACGAGGAAAAAAUCGGACACAAAGAUAGAUGAUGUCGAUACGUCCUUCUUACCGAUGAAAAAAAUUCUAUCGUCUCAAUGUGACGAGACGGGCGGAUCGUACGACUUCGUUGGAUACGAUCUUGGAAGUCUUCGUGUUCAAGUGAUUCAUCAUAGCAAAAAGUUUCUUUUGGAUGGCGAUACAUCGGUGCGGGUUGAACUUGAAGACUGGCUUCAUGGGGACCGCAAUUUACGCAUCGCUGUUACUCUGCUAAACUGCACUUUACGAUUGUCUGGCAGAGUUAGUCACCGUCAGUCAACAGGCACAUUUCACUUAACUACGAAAAGGGGAAUUGUGUUAAGUUUCUACCGGAAUAGGAGAGAACUAGUUGAAAAUUCAUCCGAUUCCCAUUGGCAAAAUUUUACUUUCGACUUUCGAGCUUCAUGGCCUUCAGGAUUAUUGAUAGAACCAACCAUCGGAGACGGUACCAAAAAUCCAUUUUACAUUCGACAAUCGUACGUUUCGAAACGUCUCGGGCGCGCAGGUGCAGUCCGUGAAGUCUGUCGGAACUUUCUCAGAAACGGUACCGUCCUAAAGUAUCUGGACGACAAUACUGUCAUCAUCUUCCGCUCGAAUGGCGUCAUCGUGACGUGCAUGGACUUCAACAAGCCGCAAUCGCGCGAUGAAUCCAUCCACAAGACGGAUCCAAAAACAGAAUUUAGGAUCAAAAAGGGCAACUCGAGGCAAUCGGUGGCGGCCAAGCAUAGCGGUAAAGUCAUAGAUUCCACGGAGACGCGUUCCAACGGAUCGAUGGUGGACGUGCAACCAUCGAAACAUAUACCACCAAGCAAGGGAGACGAUUCAUUGAUAACAGGAGCAUUCGCCGUAGGUGAAGUGUUACGAUACUCGGUGGUGAAUUACGAUGGUAGAUGCUACGAGGUGCUGAACGAUCUGGUCGUAAGUGAACACGAUCGAUUGCUCGUUAGGACAACGUUGGAUUACGAGGUCAAUGAGGUAUUCACACGUCGUGCCGACGGUACCGAUACGUUGCUACGUUCAAAUGGAGAAUUGGUUGUUACAUUUCCCGAUGGCACAUGCAUCAUUACUGGUUACACGAUAGAGGAACAGCCAGUAAUUUGCGAAUGGACGGAAAAUGAAUUGAAAUACUUCGGAAUUAUGGAAACAUUUGAAAUGAAAGGAUAUGGUGAUCGAGCUGCUUCCACAUUGUCUUCCGACGUUGAGUUCUCGCAUGAAAGUUCGUCCGUACCACACAUCGAAUGCCAAGAGAAACAGACAAGGAUAUCGAUCGGGGACGAUUUUGUCUCGAUCUUGUUGACUUUCCGCAUGGAGCACAAAGACUACGCCACCGUGUUCUAUGAUCAGUCAGUAGUUAGUUGUACUUUAUCGAUGCCCGACAAUGUCCGCAUCAGUAUGUCGAGAAGAGGUCAUUAUGAAGUUUCAAUGGAAGACCAAAUUAAUCUGAAGAUUUUCGAUAAUGACGCGAUGUUCUGGAAAACUUGUGCUACUUGCGGCGGUAGAUCAAUGUCGACUUGUAAGUUUUGGGAAUUUAGAACUGAUUCACAAACGAUUCUCACGACUGUCGGUAUUCUUGGGGAUAUGCUUGAGGUUAAAAGUGAUGGUACCACGCGUUAUUAUCGAAACGAGGACCAUAAAAAAAGUCGCGAAUGCAACGACGACGUUCUCGAAUGCGGCGAAGAAAAAAGAAGCAGCGAAGAAAGGGAUGCCAACUCGGAGGCAAAGAUCCAUUGCAAACACGAACGAUAUUGCGAAAUGCUCAAGUUUCCAGCGAGAAGUCAAUACAGAAUUUUCGCGAUGAAUCGCGAUCUGACAGCUUGUGAGUACCUUCAUCGAUCGGUUAGACACGAGCAAGAACUGGCAGCCGUCUUUGGCGACGAGAUGAGUAUGAUCCAGUAUCCAAUUUCACGUCGACCGGAACUUCGUCGGUUGAUUAUAUUUGUGCCAGUAGAACCGGAAUUGGGAUCAAAGGAAAUGUUCUAUCAAUACCGGGUAUCUGACAAACGGACGGAUUGCGAUAGAAUUGAAUUACCGCGAAGCACUUAUUCAUUUCCGUACAACUGGCUGUUCCCCUUUGGCAAAAAAGUAGUUUCUGAAAGAACUCGGAACGAAGUUUUAGCAAAGCGAAAUGAGUCGCUGCCGAAGUUAUUGCGAGUGCGCGUCUUCUUCGGCAUUAAAGGGGCAGACAGAAGCGUCCUGAUCGAUAUGCAGAAAGCUAUGGGACGUUAUUGGAUAUCUGUGUUGCGUGAUGGUGACAAAUGUCGGCUAUUUUACGCGACUGAAAGCAGUCGACCCUGCGAAGUUGGAAAUGAUUACGGGAGUUUGGAGGACAGCCUACGAGAACUGGCUGUAGGCGUUAAGAGAAGCAUCGACGUCGAGACGUACGUCAGAAGCCUUCAGGGUAAGCUCAUUAAAACGAGCACGAAAGCUCCUCGGCAGUCGAGCCGUCUUGCGGAGUUACUUCGACAAAGAGGCUCCAUGAAGAAGGUAUAUGAAUGGUAUAAACAGUGCAUGAGGAAACGAAUUAUUGUACCGUAUUUUGGAAAUAUUGCUGACUCGCGUUAUUUCUUAAUGAAAAACCAUGUCGACGAGCCAAUAUUGAAGAAAAGUUACUCGUGUGUGUCGCGAGAAAAAGAAGACAAACUUAUCGAUAGAAAUAAAGAAAAUUGUUGAUCUUUCUGUUGAAAUGU